UGACGCUGCAGCUUGAAGCACCCAGCGUUAGCAUACAGGCUAAAUGUGUAAACCCGGUUAAUUGGCACUUUUAAACUUCAUUUUUCACCGCGUUUGCGAUUAUUUCGAUCGUUAAUAUGAGAACACGGAGAAACGACAACACGUCUUGAGUCUACAAACUGUCGUGUCAAGAUUUAAUUAUUUAUUUUUUAUUUCUUUCUGGCGUGGACAUCCCAACUGCCUGGAGGAAACCCAACUGGUGAGCGCGGCUGCUUGGAGGUCCAACAUCAGCCUGUAGUGGGAUGGAUCCUCUGGGUGCUCGCUCCCAGUUCGUGGACAUCCAGACUCUCCCCACGUGGCAGCAGCAGCUGGAUGAGGAUGGCAAGGAGACACCGCUGGACCAGAGCGACAGCCUGCUAAACCAGCAGGCCUUCCCCUCGCCUUUCCCCUACAGACCAAAUAUCAACCGCAAGAUCAUCCUCUUCUGUGGGGACAUCGCCCUGCUGAACUGCACCGCCAUCGUGAACACCAGCAACGAGUCACUGAGCGACAAAAACCCAGUGUCUGACAGCAUCCAUCAGCUGGCUGGGCCCGAGCUGCGAGACGAGCUGCUCAAACUCAAAGGAUGUCGGACAGGAGAGGUGAAGCUGACGAAAGGCUUCAACCUGGCAGCGAGGUUCAUCAUCCACACAGUGGGACCAAAGUACAAAGCCAAAUACAGGACGGCGGCAGAGAGCUCGCUGUACAGCUGCUAUAGGAACACCAUGCAACUGGCUGCAGAGCAGUCGAUGGCAUCUGUUGGCUUCUGUGUGGUGAACACGACCAAAAGAGGUUACCCGCUGGAGGACGCUACACACAUCGCUUUCAGGACGGUGCGCAGGUUCCUGGAGAAUCAUGGAAACUGCCUGGAGACAGUGGUGUUUGCAGUGUCAGAGACAGAAGAGCCGGUGUACAAGAAGUUACUGCCUCUGUACUACCCUCGCUCUGAGGAAGAGGAGAGGGCCUGCCUGCCUCUCAUCCCAGCUGAUAUUGGCAACUCUGAGGGUGAACCUGUCGUCCCGGAGAGACAGAUUCGCAUCACAGAGAAACCAGGAACCCUGGAAGAUGACUCUGAGGAGGAGAGUCUGGAUUUAGAUCUGGGCCAGGUGGGAAAUCACGCUUUUGCCCGGAUGGAGGGUGAUGUGGACAAACAGCGGAAACAGAUCCUGCAGGGCCAGAUGUCAGAGGCGGCCAUCCAGAAACAACACCAGAGAAAUUACAAUCGCUGGCUGUGUCGAGCGAGAGCGGAGGACCUGUCAGACAUUGCUGCACUGAAAGCCUUAUAUCAAACUGGUGUGGACAUGUGUGGCAGGACAGUGAUGGUUUUGGUUGGACGAAACAUUCCAGUGACUCUGAUUGACAUUGAAAAGGCGCUGCUGUAUUUCAUCCACGUGAUGGACCACAUUACAGUGAAGGAAUAUGUAAUGGUUUACUUCCACACGCUGACCGGCGAGCACAACCACCUGGACUCCGACUUCCUCAAGAACCUCUACGACAUCGUCGACACCAAGUUUAAAAAGAAUCUAAAGGCCUUCUACUUUGUACAUCCAACAUUUCGCUCUAAGGUCUCGACGUGGUUCUUCACCACCUUCAGCGUGUCAGGGAUGAAGGACAAGGUUCGCUACCUGGACAACCUUCAGCAGCUCUUCACCUGCAUCAAACCUGAGCAGAUAGACAUCCCUCCGUUUGUCCUGGAGUACGACUCACGGGUGAACGGACCGUACCAUCCCUCCAACUCCUCCGGUCUGUGACAGCAGGCCGAUAGCCCUCCCUGCCAUGGUGACGAGGUGGUGUCAGCCCGUCAAGUGGAAGCCAUUUAUGGACAUCAUGUUGUCCGUGUGGUCUGAGCUCCUGACCUCACUCCUAAGGUUUUGAGCCGUAGUGGGGAAACUCUCCUUUUGUUUAGUCGCUGCCAGAAGGACAAAAUUAACAGUGGCGGCCCACAUUUAGCAGCAUGUGGCCUGGUGAGCGGUCAUUCUCUCUUACCACAGACUAUUUGUGGAACUGGUAAUGGUUUCUGGAUUAUGCCUUACACCAAGAAUUCUUAUUCAGCAGUUUCCUCAAGCAUCCCUAAAUAUGAAGUUUCAUGUCAAGCCCGACAGUUUGCUCAAAGCGUUUUCCAGCGUGUGGUCGUAUCAGACGUCCUCGCCCAAGUCUCAAGAAUUAUUGUCGGACUUUUAAAAUGCUGGAGAAGAUGACGUCUGUCUGGAUUUCCACACCGUCUCAUUCUGUGCCCGACAGACGCUGGACAGCAGACGCUCUGGGUGAAGUAAAGACUCAGUUUCACUCAGGCAGACGCUGGAAAUUCCCACCCGGCAUGUUGUAAUAACCUCUGUGUUCUCCUGCGGUCACAAUCAGAGAAACCUCCUAUCAAUCCAGCUAAGAUAUGUAACAUAAACUUUACAUCACUAAGUUAUGUUUGUCCAUUUUACAAUUUAAAGGAGCAGUUUGACAUUUUGGAAAAUAUGUUUAUUUGCUUUCUUGCCCGGAGUUAAAUGAGACGAUUGAUGCCACUCCUACAUUUCCACGCUAAAUAUUUAAGUACAGCCAAAAGAGUGGUGACUACCUGCACAACGGCAACCUUUUGUCAGACAGUCCGUUCUGAUGAGGGAGCCAUUAACGUAUUAAGUUUGCCAUCUAUGUUUUCGUCAGAGCCCCCAGACCCUAUUGUCAGAAACAGCGAUUUAACAACACUGAAGACAGGAGCUGCUGGUCUACCGCUGCCUCGAUCAGUGAGAUUGUGUGAGUUAAUUGAAUCUGAAUGAACACUUUUAAACACCAAAGACACACAAUAACAAACAAACAGACUAACUGAUCAAGGCAGCAGUAGACCAGCAGCUCCUGUUUUCAGUGUUGUUAAAUCACUGUUUUUCUCAAUGGAGUCUGGCUCUGAAGAGAGCGAUACAACAGUUUCAGAAAUCGGUGUCUGGCGUCAAGGUAGAUCAGUGAAAAUAUUCUAAAUACAGUGUACUUUUCAAAUGAUAGACUGCGGCCCCCGUCCACAACAGUUCAUCGCUUAGCUUUCAUUUGGACUCCAGCUGCUUCACAAAAAUGGGAGCAUGCCAACAGACAUCUGCUGUUUGUAAUACACUGACUAUGGUUAUGUAUAUUUGAACUGUCCCUUUAAAUGCACUGGUAGGCGUAUUUUCUUACCUUUUCAAACAGAGCCAGGCUAACAGGAGCUUAAUGCUUAAUGCACAGAGUGGUAUCCUUAUUUUUAUCUGACUGUUAACAGGAGGGCAACAAAGUAUAUUUCACAAAAUACUAACCUGCUCCUUUAAGGCUUCGGCGUGGAUUUAGGUGACGUGUUGAAACUGUUAACAUGACGAUAACAUAUCUGCAUCACAAAACUCUUGUUAUUUCCCACCUCAGCUGAACUCCACUGGCUUUUCUGUCAAAUUCUCCGCACAGGCAGUUUGUGUUUUCCUCACUUUGUGGUGUCUCUGGAAAGCAACAGGUGCAUAAUUACGCGUCUCUACCAGCUGUUCUCGUCACUAACCCUGUUAAAAGUAGCACUGAAACAAAUAUUAAAUUACAUGAAAAGUAGUAUGCAACAAUUUUUACAACUGAUUGAUCAUUCGCUGGUUUCAGUUUGAGAAUUUGCUGCUUGUUUGUUUUAUACUGGAUACCGUUUGGUGUUGGACUUGGGGCAUAAUCUAUGAUGUCACCUGGGCCUUUGAAACGUUCACUAUUUCUUGACACUUUAUAGAUUAAACAAUAAAUUUAUUGGAUGAAAAAAACAAUGUUUAAUCAGCCUACUUGUCGAGCCGAAGGUCCUUCCUGUCAGCGGUACUCCACUUGUAGGUCAGGAGAAGAUUUAUAGACUCGAGGCCUUUGCACACUGAGUCCGUUUUUUUGUCUGAAAUUGUCGAACAUCUAAAAAUAAAUACGACUGUCUCACGUUUGCACACUGAGUCCGAAACUUUCAUCCAUCAUUAAGAUUUUCGGAAAGGUUUGAUUUUCUGCUUUUCUCACAUCCGUCAGAGCCUUUAGAGACGUUUGACCAAGAAUCAGUGAAGAAAAUAUGGUGAUGGGACACAAUAAGUACAUAACUCAGCUCAUGUUCAACAGGCCAUAUAGUAAUAUUCAGGUGGAUGAUGAUGAUGAAGAGGAGGAGGAGGCUGUUGACUGCACACAGAAUGUGGAGGACAGCUCCACCCCUUCAUGCAGCUGCGGUGCCAAAUGGAAGACAGGGAGGGAGUGGUGACAGCCAGAUAGGUAACUCCAGUGGAGAGAGGCAAAGGAGGAAAUGUGUCUUUUCAUUUUGUCACGUUCUGCGAAUUUUCACAACGAAUAGAAAAAUAAAACACAUCUGAAUCAGUGUGCAAGGUUUCUGUGCGUAAUGACACAAUAUUCUUCCACUUAACUGAUGUAUUUGCUUCUACGUUGCCCUGUAAUGUUAAAUUUUGUCUCGUCAAAUGCCAUCAAGUUUUCGGCUGCUCUGCUUCCUCUGAUAUUCUCUCUGGUUGACGAGAAGGUGUCAUUUUGUUUGAAGGGUACAUAAGCCGUUCUCACCCCUGCAGGAUGACGGAAAGUAGAAACAGCUGAUUUUAUUCUCUCCUUGCUAAUGGAGCUUACUCAUUAGUUUGUGCCCGUUUGUUGAAAUGUUUAUUUGCACGGUUAGCGCUUCUUUACUUGGUGUUUCCACAACACACAAGUCGUUUGAUUUCACUUGGACUACCUGAUUGGACAGUUUACCUCCUCAGGGUAACUGCAAAUCUUUGAAAACAUUCCUAACCUUUCAGUCGUGAUGUAGCAAACCUGAUCUGUCCGGUAGCCCCUGAGCUAACACUAUCAUUAUAAGUGUACACUCUGUUUGACCUUGGUAUGUCAGUGUUUGGAGGGAUUUCACAUGCAUGCAGUUGUGCACUCACCCGGUCCUAUAAACGUCUCCACACAACAUCUGGAAUCUGCACAUCUUUAAAUCAUUUCAGCUCCACUGGCAGGCCUCGCUCUGCUCUUCAUGGUAAAGCUCGUGUCCUUAAAUGUUCUGUACUCUGACACAGAAGCAUGUCGGCACAUCAUGAGAUCAUCAUCCCAGAGUUCAGCCUGAAACUCAUUUCAUUGUAACUUACAUGUUGUUGGGAGAUGUGCGGUGUCCCUUGCUUGAGGACAUUUCAUUUGUUUGCUGUACUCUGAUUUAAAUUAAACAAUCAAUCACCCUGUAACGAAAACAAAAAGUCAAAAGUGAAGUAGAGUUUAACAACUUUAAUCAGCUGUUCGUCUUUAAAUCUUGUUUUUAGGCUGAGAUGAUUCAAGUAGAGUCACUGGAAACUAGUGACUUUCUUCACCUCAGGCUUUAACGAAAAUAAGGAUUUAAAGACUGAAUGUGACAGUGAGUUGUUAAAAAUGUCAUGAAUACAGAUCUGGAGUGUUUUCAGUCAUCUCCAUUAUGAAGAAACAACCAGAAAAUUGGCCUCUGAUAAGAUAAACUUCAUCUUCAGAACUGUGAUUAUGUCAGAAUGUAUAUAAAUGAUGAGCCAAACUUUGACUUCCUGUAAAUGUAUAUUAUCUUUCUUUUCUUUUUAAUGAUUUCAAACGUGAAGAGCAGGGUUCACUGUCCACGACUUCUGAGAUUUACAGUACUGUUUUUGUUUUUAUAUAUACAAACUGAUUAAAAUGAUUUUCCUCUGUAAAA